AUAGUCUUAUAGCAGCAUAUAGUUUGAACGACGAUAAUGGCGACGACGCCGGGGGCGUUGCUAUCAAGGACUUUCCGAUCUCUGAAGCCGAGCAACUCCGGCGUAUUCCUUCGUUCUAAACCACCUGUCUCCUCCCUUCCAAUGUCAUCUCCUCCAUCUUCGGUGUCUGUUUCACCUAAUUCAUCGAAGAAGAAACCUAAACCUAAGCCUAAGCCUUUCUGGUCUGUAUAUUUGAUUCUCUCCACUAACCUCCCAAUCAAAACUUACGUCGGUGUCACAACCAAUUCUUCUAGACGGCUGAAAGAACAUAAUGGAGAACUGAGAGGUGGUGCCAAGACUUCUUAUGCAGGAAGGCCGUGGGUUUUUGCAUGUAUUAUUCAAGGAUUCAUCAAUAGAAGUGAAGCUUGCUCUUUCGAAUCAAAAUGGAAAAGUUGGUCAAAAAAAGUAACCCGCAAAAGGAGUAAUGCCAAUGAUACAAAGCAGCCAACCGACCCCUCCCGACUCCUCCUUCAACACAGGUUAGCAGCUUUGGGUCGAGUUCAAGAUAUAAUUGAUUGCAGUCAUUUAGAAAUUGAUUGGCGGUUGGAUCCUUCUUGACUUGUAUACUUCAGUUCAUUUUCAUUUCAUUCUAUAAAUUAUGUUUCAAAAUUUACCCACAAAAGAGUUCAUUUUUGGGGGGUAUUACAAUUUACAAUAGUUGUGUAAAUCUGAAUAAAAAUAUCAACUUUAGUAAAUUUAAGAUGGAAGCAUGAACU